GGAUGCAAGGAUUAAUGGCCGGUGGAUACUUACUCGGCAACUGCAGCGCUGUUUGAUCAUCUUACCGGUCCUGCUUUUCACCACAUUCAGACAAAAUAUGUGCAUUAAUCUAGUGGAACAUUUUCUGCCCUCGAUCUGAUGUCCGCUGGCGGGCAGUGGGGGAGGCGGGGAGCUGAGGGGAUGGCUGACCGGCCGCGCGACCUCGCUCCACGCGGCCCGGCGCCCAGCUCGGCCGCUGAUUGGCCCGCCGCCCGGCGGUCACGUGACCCAGUCGACCCCAGACUGAGCCGCGGGCGCAGGUCAGUGUCUCGGCGGGCGGGCUCACGGCAGUGUGCGGAGGGAAACACGGCGACAGCGGCAGCGGCGAUGGACUCCAAAAUUAUCUUCCUGCUAUGCGCGCUGGCGGCGGCUGCACUGGCCAUGCCGCCCCACCUGCCGGAGACUGAACCCGUCCCGAUCGAGGUGCGCGCGGAAGAGGACCUGCUGGACGAGAUGCUGGAGUACAUGUCGGAGGACGAGGUGCUGGACCUGCUCUCCCAGGAGACUGACGAGCACACCGUGGAUGCCGUCUCCGACGCCAUCCUGCGCCGCACCGAGCGAGACUCCUACGGCAACUGCCUGACUGGCCCCAACGUGGACUCUCCGUUCUGCAACUUCCUCAGACGCCACCUGGAAUCUGUCCGCUUCGUGCCCGUAUCUGACGGCGGGCAGAGCUCCGGAUCCGAGGCUGGAACCAGGUUUGCCACUGGCUCCGGAUCGUCCGAAUCCUCUAGCUACAGCAGCACGGAGACUCAAUUCGGAGGCAGCGCCGGGUCUGGCUCUUCUGGUUCUUCUGGCGCUAGCUUCGGCACCGAGAACAGAUUCGGAAACUCUGCUGGCUCCGGCUCCGGCCCUGCUUUUGGCUCUGCUGGAUCCUCCGGCUCUGGCUACAGCGCCGGAAACAGAUUCGGCGGUGGUGCUGGGGCGAGUGCUGGCUCCGGCUCCGGUUCUUCGGGAUCUUCCGGCUCCAGCCAAGGCUCUGCAACCCGCUUUGGAGGCAGCUCAUCUGGAUCGACCGGCUACGGCUCUGGAAACCGCUUCGGAGGCGGUGCUGGCUCCGGCUCCGGGUCGGGCUCUGCAGGCGGCUCCGGCUCUGGAAGCGGCUCUGGUGCUGCUUCCGGUGGCGCGUCCUUCGGUUCUAGCUCCGGCGGCUCUGCUGCCGGCCGCUUCGGGGUCCAGCUGGAACCUUCGACCUCCCACGACGACUGCCUGCCGCCUGUGACGCACAUCGUCCGGGAGGCUGUAGAGUACCUGCCCAAGACCAUCUACAACACCCAGCACCUGAUCCUGCCGAGCACGCGCGUGCUGACCAUGGUCGAGACGGAGGCCUACCCGCAGCCCGUCUACGAGACGGUGACCACUGUGCUGGCGCAGCCGGACAAGACCAUCACGGCCACCAUUCUGCAGCAGACUGAGCGCACGCUGGACGUGAACAGCGUCCGGCAGACGGACGUGCUGCUGCGAUCCACAAAGCUGCACAUCUUCACUGAUACCCGCGACUACUUCUGGACCAAGACAGAGGUGCAGCCGUUCUACGAGACAGUCACUCGCACCCUGACAUCCGACGUGCCCACAGACUACUCUCACCAGGAGACUCGCUACGAGGACCACACGUACUACGUCACCACCACCGUGCCGCACGUAAUCACCCAGACCAGCACCUCGUCGACUGUGUCGCGGACGUACGUCACCGAGACCGCGCACCAGUACCGCUACGUGGCCGUGACGCCGGUGCCCGUGACCGUCACGGAAACGGUCACGCACUGCUACCAGUAGUGCACGAGACUCGUGAUAGCUGUAUACAUGUGAGCCGUGCAAUUAGACUAAUAAAUGCCCUCCCUUUAUA